GAAACAUAUAUGUUAAUAAUAUAGAUGUCCAUACUACUCAAAAAAUUUGGUUUCGGCCUGGAGGGGGAAGUGUCACGAGAAAAACCUUAUUUCUCUGGACUAGUAGGGAAUAGCUCAAGAAACAAAAUCUACCCUAUAUAAUAUGGCGCUUUUAUCUUGGGGCAAUUCCCACCCCUUCAAGGGGGUGGAAAAUAUGUUGGCCAAAAUAAGCAUGGAGGUGGCUAGAGAACCUAUUUUUUAAGCAAAAACUGAUCUAUACUUUUUCUUGAGAACUCAAUACUUUUUGAGUUAUGCGUAGUUGAAAAUUGGCCAUUUUCAUUUAAAAAUGACACGUUUUCGGACGGUUUUUUGUGAAUACCUUAAAAACUAUGCAUCAAACUAAAAACAGUAUAUAAAUUUUUUUAGAUUAUAAAUAAUAAAGAGAUUCGUUCCUUCGUAAAUUUUCUAUUUAUAAUACAAAAAGAGAUAUGGUAGGUAAAAAGAGUUUGUUUUUUUGGUGCAUGCCCAAAGUACUCAUGCUUUUGUAGUGUUUGAAAAGGCAUUUAAAACGAGCACCGUUAAAAUGUCGGUUACAUUCAAACUAAGCGAGAUAUGGUGCAAAAGAAUAUAUGACUAAUGUACUUUAAGGAAAAAUGAGAAGUACAUACAUUUAACCCAUCAUCCACCAGAAUUUAAAUGCAUUGUUUUUCUUUUGCAAUACCUCUUAAUAUAGUGUUAUUUGUAUUUUCAAACAGUUGGACGGGUGAAAAAAAUAAGAUCAAAUUAUAGAGCGCAUUUUUAACUUUUCUUAAAAUUCUUCCUUUUGCUCCAUGCAGUUCAAAAAUAAAAAUGUUCUAUCCCCGAGAAGUGGUGGGAACCGCCCCCAUGAUAAAAGCGCCAUAGUAUAUCUAGACACGGCGGUCACAAGCACUUAAGUCAUUUUUUUAUGAAAAAUACAUAAUCUCGCAAACUAACCAAAUUUGUGUAAUACACCAACUGGAAUAAACACCUAAGUCAUAUACCGCUUAUAUAUCAAAGUAUUUUAUCGUGCUCUUUAUAACUCUUUAUUUUUAUUUCAUAAAGGUGGCUGUAAUAAACACUUAACUCGACUUAAGUACUUUUACUCAAUCAUAACAAAUAUAGCGAGUUCGAUGUGAAACGGCGUUUUAAACCACUUAUAUAGAUAUAGGUAUUUAUGCUCGUCAAUUUUUUUUUCUAAAAUAUUAUAUUGUUAGUGACAUAAAUAUUAAGUACAUGCAGAGUCAGUGUAUUUCGUGAUGAUAUUGAUAUCCACAGUCGGUUCUUCCUCUUUUGUUUAUACAAGACACUUGAGUUUUGGGGUGAAUCUUCGUUUUAAAACCAUUUUCAAUUAUUAGUUCCGAUAAAGUUGACGGCCUGAUCUGGUGAUAGUUUUAUUAGUCUGAAAUUUAUUUCUAAUAAAUAAUGAAAUGGAUUUAAAUAGUAAAUUAAGUCUUAGAGGUAGACAGAUAUUGGAGCUAGUUUGACAAACACUAGUUUCGGAUACACCUGAACCUGUUAAUCAGGAAGACUUAGUAGCAGAACCUGAGCCAAGUACAUCGGGUAUCCAGAAAUCGUAUAUUCCAGAAAAAAACUUGAAAUAAGUGAUUACUCAAGUGACGAUUCUGUUACUGACCCUACAUGUGUACCUGAAAGUUCUAAUGGUGUCGUAGGGCAUACACAAUUGGAAGUUAAUGACGUGCAUAAUCCUCCUGAGAUUCUUUCUUCUUCUGAUGAUAUUACACAAGCAGUUACAGUUACAGAAAACAGAAAGAGAAAACGGGAAAGAAAAACUAAAUACGGCUAUGCAAGUUUAUCAUCCACAUGACUGGAUGCAACUGAUUCGUACAAGCAGUAAUAAAUUUAAGGUUGUUGAAAUGCAACAGGCUGAUUUCUUUGAUUUUGCUGCUUUGCUUAAAGGUCCUCUUAUUAUGCGAAAAAAAGAUUGCGGUGGUAAUAAUUUUAAGUGGUUUGACGUUAAAUGGCUUUCUUACGGACGCGAUUUCGGUAGUAUUAAUUAUAAAACAUCCCUUCAGCAAAAUGAGCCGUUCAAAACUAUUUCUUUCAAAAGAACAACAAGACAAACAAGACAUUUUAUAUUGCAGCCAAUUACGGACCAACAGUUGGCAAUAAGUGAAGAGAAAAAGCGAGAUUUAAUUUCUUUGCUACCUUUAUUACCGGAAUACUUUCAUCACUUUUACGAAAAUCUAAAGACUGCUGCCGAUGUUAGAGACGUAGAUCCGUACUUGGACAGAGACGAGAGUGACUUAUAAUAAAUGUUUAUUUAAUAAAUAUUGAUUUUGUAUAUUGAAGACUUAAUAAAAAUUGUUACUCAUA